UUUAAAUGCUCUGCGUUUACGAGCGUAAUGACGUCAGACGUCAACCGUCGGCACGUCGGACGUCAGUGGGUGAGUGUUUUGAAAGGAGAUGGAUGGUUAGCUGCUGAGCGGCUGGGAUUAGCUAGCGUUACACUACAGCGGAAAGAGACCGAAUAGAUUAUGAACGGUGAAAGACCCAGGCUGGACUCCCCUCUGUACGGGUGAUGGCAGCACGCCUGCAGUCAUAUGACAGUAACUCCAGUGACACAGAAACCUGGGAAGGAAACGCAACAAGCCGACCUCGCAAACUCUGCAGGCAUUUGAGCAGCAGUCAGGCCCGAGUAUCUCGAGUGACGGUAGAACAGUGGAAGAUGAGUCUGCAUGGUGCCAAUGGGGGCUGUGACCGCUCACGUGACCGCCGCCGCUCUAGCGAUCGCUCCAGGGAUUCCUCACAUGAGAGAGAAGGCCAGCUUACCCCCUGCAUUCGCAACGUCACCUCACCCACCCGCCAACACAACAGUGACCGUGAACGAGAUGGACCAUCAUCACGACCCAGCAGUCCACGGCCACAGAGAGUCUCUCCCAGCGGCUCCAGCAGCAGUGGGGUGGUGAGCAGUCGCAACAGCAGCCUAUCCAGUACUGAAGGCACAUUCAAAAGCUUGUUAGCUGGAGAAAUGGUUUCUGUCUACGACAAUCCUAAGGACGGAGGAGCGAGUGCCAGCAUUGGAAACCGAAACAUUAGGACCUCAGAAAGAGUCACUCUGAUUGUUGACAAUACGCGGUUUAUAGUCGACCCUUCCAUCUUCACUGCACAACCCAAUACAAUGUUGGGCAGAAUGUUUGGAUCUGGAAGAGAACAUAAUUUUACACGGCCCAACGAGAAGGGGGAGUACGAGGUGGCUGAGGGCAUCAGCUCAACAGUUUUCAGAGCAAUUCUGGAUUACUACAAAUCUGGGAUAAUCCGUUGUCCUGAUGGAAUCUCUAUCCCUGAGUUGCGUGAGGCGUGUGACUAUCUAUGCAUCUCCUUUGACUACAGCACCAUCAAAUGCAGAGACCUCAGUGCCCUGAUGCACGAGCUGUCCAAUGAUGGUGCUCGGCGACAGUUUGAGUUUUACCUCGAGGAAAUGGUUUUGCCUUUGAUGGUGGCCAGUGCUCAGAGCGGAGAGAGGGAAUGUCACAUUGUAGUCCUCACUGAUGACGAUGUGGUGGACUGGGAUGAAGAAUAUCCCCCACAGAUGGGAGAGGAGUAUUCACAGAUCAUUUACAGCACAAAACUGUACAGAUUUUUCAAGUAUAUUGAGAAUCGAGAUGUUGCCAAGUCAGUGUUAAAGGAACGAGGUUUGAAGAAAAUUCGACUGGGCAUUGAAGGUUACCCUACAUAUAAAGAGAAAGUCAAGAAGCGACCAGGAGGCCGUCCAGAAGUCAUUUACAACUACGUCCAGAGGCCCUUCAUCCGCAUGUCCUGGGAGAAGGAAGAGGGUAAAAGCCGCCACGUAGACUUCCAGUGCGUUAAGUCCAAGUCCAUUACCAACCUGGCGGCGGCAGCUGCAGACAUCCCCCAGGACCAGCUGGUUGUGAUGCACCCCGGUCCUCAAGUGGAUGAACUGGAUAUCCUACCUAAUCAUCCACCCAGUGGGAAUCACUACAGCAACAACUACAGCAACGAGCCUGAUCCUGAUGCACCUUCGCCUGCUGUCUGAGGACUCCUCGGUCCUCUUUCAAUGCCUCUGCUCCUGUCGUACUCCUCUAGUCCUACUCCCAGCAUGCUGCAGCAUGGAGCGCCAUGGGCACCAUAACCAUAAUGCCUUGACACCUCCUUUGCAGCCUUAGAGCCUCAAGACCUGGAUGACUGUAGAAAGAAUACACAAGACAUGAGACUGGUGAAAGGAAGAGUUCACUAUUAUGUUAAUUUCAUUUUCUACUUGACCAAAGGAUUUUAUUUUUCUGUUUGGUGGAAAAAGAAAUCUGUAAAACACUUUUAACAUUAUUAUUUACAAUUCUAUUGUACCUUAAAUUGAUGACUUUGGCUGAGCACUCUUAUGGUGUCACUGUUUUCUCACAGGUUUUAUUUCACUGAUCAUAUUGAUUUUCAUUCUCUUGGGUGGCCUAACUAUUAGAUGUGCUUUGGGGGGGAAGAAAACAAGCUGUUAUGACUCUGUGGUCGUGGAGAAAUUCAGUUAUCACCACUUAGUGACAUGAUCUCCAGUCGAUCUGCUAUCAGAUGUCUUUGACUCUUGUAAUGAGGUAUGUAGUCAUUGGUUGCAUCUGAUAUGUGAUGUUAUGCUCCUCCUGCAGUCAAGAUAUUAAGCAGAGCACAGGCUGUUGUGGUCAGAAUCUUUUUUUUUUUUUUGUGCAAAGCUUGAAAUUGUUGUUUAAUAUAAACAAAAAAUAAAGAAGUCAAUAUAA